AUGUCGUCCGGCCCCGUCGAGACGUACGAGGGGGUUAUCGGUGUCGCCAACGAUGGAGGCAACCCCCUUCUCGAAGACCUCAACCGCUAUUACUCUGCCGGUGAUUUCGGAUGGAUAAUGACAUGUACAGCCCUCGUGCUGCUCAUGGUUCCCGGUGUCGGUUUCUUCUACAGCGGUCUUGCACGAAGAAAGUCAGCCUUGGCCCUCAUCUGGCUGUCUCUCAUGUCAAUAGCCAUUGUAGGGUUCCAAUGGUUCUUCUGGGGAUAUUCACUCGCCUUCUCCCACACCGGAAGCGCCUACAUCGGCAACCUCUCCAAUUUUGGUCUUAUGAAGACCCUCGCCCAGCCUAGCGUUGGCAGCACCAAGAUCCCCGACCUUCUCUUCUGCCUCUACCAGGGCAUGUUCGCCGCCAUCACGUAUGUUUCUCUCCUCCUUUCUUUCCUUUCUUCUGAUCCCACACUAACCAACACCCCCCAGUCCCGUCUCGCUAUUGGCGCGUGCGCUGAUCGCGGCCGUAUGCUUCCCGCCCUGGUCUUCAUGUUCAUUUGGACCACCAUUGUAUACGAUCCUAUUGCGUACUGGACUUGGAACGCCAACGGCUGGUCCUUCAAGAUGGGUGGACUCGACUUUGCCGGCGGCACCCCCGUGCACAUCAGCUCCGGCGCCGCCGCCCUCGCCUACUCGCUCAUGCUCGGCAAGCGCAACGGCUACAACAAGGUCAACGGCCUCCCGUACCGCCCCCACAACGUCACCCACGUCGUCUUGGGCACCGUGUUCCUCUGGGUUGGCUGGUUCGGCUUCAACGGCGGUAGCGCCCUCGCCGCUAACCUCCGCGCCGUCAUGGCCUGCAUCGUCACCCACAUUGCCGCUUGCGUCGGUGGCUUGACCUGGGUCUUGCUCGAUUAUCGUCUGGAGAGGAAGUGGAGCACCGUCGGUUUCUGCUCUGGUGCCAUUGCUGGUCUCGUCGCCAUCACCCCUGCUGCGGGUUAUGUUCCUCCCUGGUCGGCUGUCAUCUUCGGUGUUGUCGGCGGUAUCAGCUGCAACUUUGCUACCAAGCUCAAGUUCGUGCUCGGUAUCGAUGAGGCGCUCGAUGUGUUUGCUGAGCACGGUGUUGGCGGUAUCGUCGGUAACUUGUUGACUGGCAUCUUUGCUGCUGACUACAUUGCCGCUCUGGACGGUUCCUCCGUCAUUGACGGCGGCUGGGUCAACCACCACUACAUCCAGCUCGCCUACCAGCUCGCCGACUCCGUCGCUGGCUUCUCCUACUCUUUCGUCAUGACCUGCGUCAUCCUCUUUCUGCUCAACCUCGUGCCUGGCCUCUCGCUUCGUGUCGACGAGCACCAGGAGGAGAUCGGUCUCGAUGAUGACCAGCUCGGCGAGUUCGCGUACGAUUAUGUUGAGGUCACUCGCAGCUUGGAUACCGUCAUUCCUGGUUGA